GGGGGCGUGGUUUAGCCUGCAGGAAAGUGUUUGCUGGGUUACCAUAGAGUCCGCCGCUUCCGGUUUUUACCUCGGUCCCUUCUGUCAUCAGGUUGGAGUCUAUACACCCGGAUUACUCCAAGGUUCAGCGUGAGGAGCAUGGGGUUGUUUGACCGGCUGGCAGGCUGGCUGGGCCUGAAGAAGAAAGAAGUUCACGUCUUGUGUCUGGGAUUGGAUAACAGUGGUAAAACCACCAUUAUCAACAAGCUGAAACCUGCCAAUGCUCAGACACAGGAUAUUGUCCCAACUAUUGGCUUCAGCAUAGAAAAGUUCAAGACAUCAAGCUUGUCAUUCACAGUUUUCGACAUGUCGGGACAAGGGAGGUAUAGAAAUUUAUGGGAACACUAUUACAAAGAAGGCCAGGCUAUUAUUUUUGUCAUUGACAGCAGUGACAAGCUCAGAAUGGUUGUGGCGAAAGAAGAGCUGGAGACCCUUUUAAAUCACGCAGACAUUAAACACAGACGGAUACCGGUUUUGUUUUUCGCUAACAAAAUGGACCUUAGAGACUCUCUGUCAUCUGUGAAGGUCUCUCAGCUGCUGUGUUUAGAGAACAUCAAGGACAAGCCGUGGCAUAUUUGUGCGAGUGACGGACUGAAGGGCGAGGGUCUCCAGGAGGGGGUGGAUUGGCUGCAGGGUAAGUGUGGUGUCUCGGCUCAUCACUGCUGCUUUUCUGUCACCUUCAUUUAUGCUCGCCAUCCUUUUCAUAUUAUUAUUUCCAUUUCUCCUGCUAUCAGACCAAAUCACGCAAUCAAAUACAAGCAAUGAAAACAUAAGAAGAUGAGAGAAUCUGUCAAUCCAGCAUCUACACACUUGGACCAAAAGAAAUGCUAUCAGUCCUUAUAGUUUACCAGUUUAAAUGAAUCUUAUUCGUGUCCUUUAGGACCUCAGGUUUUGUAAAGCGAAAAUAGUGCAAUGGAGAAUACUGAAUAGUAUGGAUAUUUAAUUUACAUUUUUUUAUGCUCAUUGUUAAAAUUGGUGAAAUUUCAACUUGUAAAUACAGCAAUGUAAUGUGUGGGGCUUAUGUUUGACCUUAUUAUUUAUUCACUUUUUGUUUUACUUUCAUUGUACUGUAAUAUAUCCGAAAAAUAGAUUUUGUAUUUUGGAAUUUGGACCUGAGCAAUCAUAUAAGCAAUAUUAUUAAUUGAUAAAAAAAAUAUAUAUAUACAAUGUAUUCUGAAAGUUUUCAGACCCCAUCACUUUCUCCACAUUUUGCUGUGUUACGGCCUUGUACUAAAAUACAAAAAAUGAUGUUUUCCCCUAGAAUGUUAGAAAUCUUUUGCUACUUGAAAAGGAAAAACUAACAUAGAAAAAUAUUGCAUUGACGUAAGUAUUCAGACUCUAUACUCAGGACUAAGUUGAAGCACCUUUGGCAGCAAUUACAGCCGCCAGCCUUCUUGGGGAUGAUACCAUCCCCAAGAUUUCUGCCAUUCUUCUCUGCAGAUCCUCUAAAGCUCUGUCAGGUUAGAUGUGGACCGUUGGUGGGAGCCAUUUUCAUGUUUCUCCCGAGAAAAGUUCAAUUGGAUUAAAGUCAGGUCUCUGGCUGGGUCACUGAAGGACAUUUACAGAGUUGUCACCAAGCCGCUCCUGUGUUGUCCUGGCUGUGUGCUCAGGGUCAUUGUCUUGUUGGAAAGUGAAUCUUUGGACCAGUCUGAGGUCUAGAGCAUUCUUGAUCCGGUUUUCCAUAAGAACAAGUCCAUUUAGUUUUCCUCAACCCUGACCAGUCUCCCUGUUCCAUUCACUGAAAAAAAAAAACACAGUUUGAUGCUGCCCCCAUCAUGCUUCACUGUAGGGAUGGUAUUGGGCAGGUGAUGAGCAGUGCCUGGUUUCCUCCAGAGUGACCAUUGAUCACCUCUUUUACCAAGUCCCUUUUCCCUGAUUCCAAAGUUUGUAGAGGUGGCCACCUUUAGGAAGAGUCAUGAUGUUCCAAUAUUCUUCCAAUAUUUAAGAAUUACAGUCAGGUCCAUAACUAUUGGGACAUCGACACAAUUCUAAUAUUUUUGGCUCUAUACACCACCACAAAGU